GCAGGAGGCAGUGGGGUGGGGGUGCCGGACCCCCCCACCCUGCACCCACCACCCCCUCGUGUCCCCCCCAGGCAGCCCGACAAGCUGGUGGUGGUCUGGACCCGGAGGAACCGCCGCAUCUGCACCAAGGCUCAUAGCUGGCAGCCAGGCAUCGAGAACCCGUACCGCGGCCUGGUGGUCUGGAUGGUGCCCGAGAAUGUGGACAUCACCGUCACCCUCUACCGGGACCCGCACGCCGAGGAGUAUGAGGACAAGGAGUGGACGUUCGUCAUUGAGAAUGAGUCGAGGAAGGUGCUGGCCUCAGUGGCCGGGAACACGCAGCGCCUCCGUGCGGGGACAGGGGCGGGGGGGCGGGGCGGGCACCUGCGGGUGCCGGGGGGUCCCGGUGGGUCUGAGCAGCCCCUGCCUUGUCCCCGUAGUAACUACGAGGCCCUGGACCCGCUGGACAUCAAGAAGAACAACAAGCUGGCCUUUGACGGCUUCGCCACGCUGGGCGUCGCGCGGCUGCUGGACCCGGCCGACAUGCUCUUCCUGGCCGUGCCCGACAAGCUCAUCGUCAUGACCUACCUGUGCCAGAUCCGCGCCCGCUUCACGGGCCCGGAGCUCAGCCUGGUGCAGCUGGGCGGCGGCGACAGCCAGAGCACCUACAGCCUGGGCCAGCCCGGCCCCGCGCCCCUCGAGCCCCCCUGGCCCCCCGCCACUGCCACCGCCAAGGAUGCUAGGAUGGAGGUCAAGGUAGGGGCCGCAAAGGAUGCUGGGAUGGAGCUCAAGGCAGCAGCCGCAAAGGUUGCUGGGGUUAAAGCCAAGGCAGGAGCCGCAAAGGAUGCUGGGAUUGAGGCCAAAGUGGGAGCAGCAAGGGAUGCUGGGAUUGAGGCAGAGGUGGGGGCCCCAAAGGAUGCUGGGGUUGAGGCCAAACUGGGAGCAGCAAAGGAUGCUGGGACUGUGGUCAAGGCAGGGCCCACAAAGGAUGCUGGGAUUGUGGUCAAGGCAGGGGCUGCAAAGGAUGCUGGGAUUGCGGUCAAGGUGGGAGCUGCAAAGGAUGCUGGGAUAGAGGCCCAGGCAGGGGCUGCAAAGGAUGCUGGGAUUGCGGUCAAGGUGGGAGCCCCAAAGGAUGCUGGGAUUAAGAUCAAAGCAGGAGCAGCAAGGGAUGCUGGGAGUGAGGUCAAGGUGGGGCCUGUAAAGGAUGCUGGGACCGAGGCUAAGGCAAGGCCCACAAAGGAUCCUGGGAUGGAGGUCCAGGAAAAAGAUGCUGGGAUUAAGGAGGCAAAGGCUGCUGGGACUGAGGCUCACACUGAGGCAAAGGCUGCUGGGACUGCGGCCAAGGCAGGGGUGACAAAGGAUGCUGGGAUAGUGGCCAUCAAUGGCAUCAUCCCCCAGCCAGCCCUGAAGCCCAAGGCAGAGCUGCGUGCUGCAAAGGAUCUUGGGAUUGAGGUCAAGGUGGGGGUUGCAAAGGAUGCUGGGAUUGAGGUCAGGGCAGGGAUUGCAAUGGAUGCUGGGAAUGAGGCUCACACUGUGGCAAAGGAUGCUGGGACUGAGGUCAAGGUGGAGGUUGCAAAGGAUGCUGGGAUUGAGGUCAGGGCAGGGAUUGCAAUGGAUGCUAGGACUGAGGUCAAAAUGGGGGCUGCAAAGGAUCCUGGGAUGGAGGUUAAGGAAGGCAUCACAAAGGAUGCUGGGAUUGAGGCUCACACUGAGGCAAAGGCUGCUGGGACUGAGGCCAAGGCAGGGGUGACAAAGGAUGCUGGGAUCGUGGCCAUAAACAGCACCAUCCCCCAGCCAGCCCUGAAGCCCAAGGCGGAGCUGUGUGUUGCAAAGGAUUUUGGGAUUGAGGUCAAGCUGGGGGCUGUAAGGGAUGCUGGGACUGAGGCUAAGGCAGUGCCUGCAAAGGAUCCUGGGAUGGAGGUCAAGGAAGGGAUUGCAAAGGCUGCUGGGAUUGAGGCUCACACUGAGGCAAAGGAUGCUGGGAUUGAGGUCAGGGUGGGCCCCGCAAAGGAUGCUAGGACUGAGGUCAAAGUGGGGGCUGCAAAGGAUCCUGGGAUGGAGGUCAAGGAAGGGAUUGCAAAGGCUGCUGGGAUUGAGGCUCACACUGAGGCAAAGGAUGCUGGGAUUGAGGUCAGGGUGGGCCCCGCAAAGGAUGCUAGGACUGAGGUCAAAGUGGGGGCUGCAAAGGAUCCUGGGAUGGAGGUCAAGGAAGGGAUUGCAAAGGCUGCUGGGAUUGAGGCUCACACUGAGGCAAAGGCUGCUGGGACUGAGGCCAAGGCAGGGGUGACAAAGGAUGCUGGGAUCGUGGCCAUCAACGGCACCAUCCCCCAGCCAGCCCUGAAGCCCCAGGCAGAGCUGCCUGCUGCAAAGGAUGUUGGGACUGAGGCCAAGGCAGGGCCUGCAAAGGAUGCUGGGAUGGAGGCCCGAAAGGAGUUGUCCAAGGAUGCUGGGACUGAGGCCAAGGCAGGGCCCACAAAGGAUUCUGGGACUGAGGCCAGCACGGAGGCAGCAAAGGAUGCUGGGAAAGCGGCGGUCAAUGGGGCCGCCCCCCUGGCAGCCACGAAGCUGCCGCUGAGGAUCCUGGGCUGGAGGCCGCGACAGGGGCCGCAAAGGAUGCUGGGACUGGGGUCCAUACAGAGACAGCAAAGGAUGCUGGGAAACUGCCCCAGCCAGCCACGACCCCGGAGGCUGGACCCCCUGCUGCAAAGGAUGCUGGGAGCCCAGGCGCAGAGGAUGCUGGGAAGAAGUGGAUCAACCGGGCCAGGGCCUCGCCCCCCCGGGAGCCGGAGCCAGCUGCAAAGGAUGCUGGGAAGGUGGAGGGUGCGGGGGGCUGGAUCCAGGCCUGAUCCUGGGGUGGGGACUGGGGCAGAGACCUGCGCCUCCCAGAGGGCCCGAUCCUGCUCCCCCCUCACCUCCGUGCCCCCCCAGCGGUUCCAGGACACCAGCCAGUACGUGCUGGCCGAGCUGCGGGCGCUGGAGGUGGAGCAGCAGCAGCUGGACGCCCGCGCGGCCGUGGUGGAGACAGACCUGCGCUUCCUCAUGGAGUCCGGCACGGACCGCCCACGGGAGGAGGAGCUCAUCCAGGAGUGGUUCACACUGGUGAACAAGAAGAACGCGCUGAUUCGGCGCCAGGACCAGCUCCAGCUGCUGUGAGUCCCACGGGCCGGGG